AUGCAUUUGGUUGAUAAAGAGGAGGAGGAGGAGGAGGAGGAGGAUAGCAGUGAAGCAUAUCGUGCCAUGGACGAAGACUCAGAAAGUUCAGAAGGAACAGGAAGCACUUCCGCUGAAACCAAUGCUGAGACAAUUUGGCCAGCAGAGUCAAUAGAGGUAUUGUCAAUGGAACUCAAGAACACCAUAAUAAACAAGCAAUGUCCAGGAGAGAAGAUAGUUAAGGAAGAUGGAAGUACCAAAACUGAAGAAUUAGGGGAUUCAAUAGUGGCAUCACCACUAGAAGUAAAGAACACCUCAGUAAACCUGCAAAGCUUGGAAUCAAAAGAGAAGAUUGUGGAGGAGGAAGAUCAGAGCAACAAAACCGAAGAGUUUGGUGAUUUCAACAACAGCAAAAGCAAUAUCCUCAACAAUGACACAGAUAAUCACGAGAACAGCAAAGAUCCAAUGUCCUUGAAGAAGAAAGAAAUGCUAGAACUUGUUGAGGUGAAUAAUCAAACUGCAGCAAGGAGGAAAAUUUGGGCUAAUGCUAAUUCACUAUUAAAAUACACUAGUACCCUCGGGCCUCGGCCCAAGUGA